UCAACCAGUUGUCAAAAUUCCAUUCGAGUUUUCCAUUGUCAGCACGUAAACAUCUGCAGAAAAGUGAAAAUUCUCAGAAAAACUGGAAAAAACUGUUUAAUUCUAACAAUUCGAAUGUCGUACAAAUAAAUUUGACUUUGCGAAAAUCGGCAGCCAACAUGCAUCUUUCUCAGGAUGUGUCCAGCGCGCUGCAGCAGAUUGAAUUCAUCAAGCAGACAGUAGAGGAGAUGGAUUCGAACAAGCUGCAGCUGAAUGUGAUGGACGAUCUGAAGCUGGUUAUCGAUCUGCUGCAAGAUCCGGUUUUCCGCAACAUUGUCCAGAUCCAGGAUUCGCUAGCCGAGCUAAAUCAUCAGAUAACACAGCAUCCAUCGAUACUGCCGGGAGAUUUUGACAUUGCCAAUAGUGGAGAACUAGUUUUGAAUGUUCCCCCAGCAUCGGAUCUGUUUGCCGAGUCGGAUUUUCCCGACGAACAGCGCGUACCGUCAGCGCAAAUUUCUCCUGGAAGUCCGGCCCCGCCAGCAUCCCAAUCGCAGGUGCAACAAAAAUUGAUCCUCAUGGAGCAUUCCAUGCAGGGUAACCAACAAGGGCUGCUGCAGGCACAACCAUUACUUCCUACCCCUCUGAAAAGAACAAAUGAAUUAGUGGAUGUAUCCGGUGAGAGCCGCCAGCAGCACGACCCACAGGAAGAUUUACUUAUUCAUCAGGGCCUGUACGAUGCACCGAAAGUUGCUUCGGAUGCACAGGAAUUAGCUGAAUGGUCACGCAUCUUAGAUAUCGAGUUGGUUAAUGAUGGGACAGGACUUGGAUUCGGCAUUAUCGGAGCUCGAGCUACCGGAGUAACGGUGAAAACUAUACUCGUAGGUGGUGUGGCGGAUCGUGAUGGAAGACUGCAAUCCGGUGACCAAAUUUUACAAAUUGGCGAUGUCAAUCUACACGAAAUGGUAUCGGAGCAAGUUGCUUCAGUUUUGCGACAGUCUGGCACGCAUGUUCAGUUGGUCGUUGCUCGUCCAAUCGAUGCAAAUAAUGGUACUAUCGAAGAGUUUGACAAUUCGGCAAUUGUUCCAACAGUUUUGCUGGCGAAUCCCUUGAAGCUAAAACAAUAUUUAGCUGAUUCAGGAUAUCCGGAAAUUUUUAGUGUUUAUUCGGUUGGUAAUCUCGAUAAGGAUGCGUUCGACAAGGACAGUCCUAUCGAAUUUCCAGAAACUGAAGUUUUUACUGUGGAACUGAUAAAAGACCAAAAUGGUUUGGGCAUUACUAUUGCCGGUUACGUAUGUGAAAAAGAAGAAUUGUCGGGAAUUUUCGUGAAGAGUGUUUCACCUGGAAGCGCAGCAGAUUUAAGUGGAAAAAUUCAGGUCAACGAUCGAAUCAUCGAAGUAGAUGAUCAGUCUUUGCACGGGUUCUCGAAUCAUCAGGCCGUAGAUGUAUUGAAGCAAAGCGGUCAUGUGGUGAAGCUUUGCUUAGAGCGAUACCUUCGUGGUCCCAAAUAUGAUCAAUUGCAGCAGGCCAUAGCUGCUAAUGAGAUGAAACCACCUACGCCAGCCACUCCGCCUCCUGCGCUUCCUAUUGGGGGAACGGAUCUAUCGAAGUAUGGAAAUAAUAUAUUGGAUAUUGUCCCACGAACUGCAGCGGUUGAUAAGCGCAAUUUUUACGAUGAUGACGACGAUGACAAUCUAAUGAUGAUGGGCGAUCCGGAUCAACAGCUGGAAACGAUGAUGGCACACAAGAAACUUGCUCGUGCCAAAGAUUCUAUCGACAGCCAGGAGUAUCGUGAAAAAAUUUUAGAAGCUUCGAUCAUUCCUCCGCCUGUGCUAUCAUCCGGUGAGGCUGAUCUUGAUUUGUUACUAGCGGACACAUCUAACGUGGGACUUGCCAAGCAUGGAAAACAGCGCAGUUCGCUAAAGAUAACGCAGGAGACGGAAGCUUUUAUCGUGAAAAAAUGGAGCAACAUUCUCGGUGCGAACGUGAAGAUCAUUGUCGCUAACAUAAGAAAGUUUAACGCCUGCAGUGGAUUAGGUAUUUCGUUAGAAGGAACUGUGGAUGUCGAGGGAGGAAAGGAAGUACGGCCACAUCACUAUAUUCGAUCGAUUCUGCCGGAAGGACCUGUGGGUCAGAAUGGACUGCUACGCUCUGGGGACGAAUUACUGGAGGUCAACGGCCAACGACUGCUCGGAAUGAACCACCUGGAGGUGGUUUCUAUUCUGAAGGAACUGCCGCAAGAUGUUUGCAUGGUGUGCGGUCGUGGGGACCAGGAAAUGCUUCAAUUCACCGAAGAGGCACUGAUCAACUCUCUGGAGGAGGAGGUAGCAAAGGGUAGGGCUGGUAUUGGUAGUGGAAGUGUGCUGCAAGGUAGUUUGACACCAUCUGAAAGGUUAGUUAAGGCCAAAAGUGAUGGUAGUUUGGCAACAACGGGUGGCGUCAAUGACGGGUUUUCAAAAAUCAAGUCUAGAAGUUUGGAGCCUCUCACCGGCUUGGCCAUGUGGAGUUCAGAGCCACAGAUUAUUGAAUUGGUCAAGGGCGAGCGCGGACUUGGAUUUUCCAUUUUAGACUAUCAGGAUCCUUUGGAUCCGAAUGAUACGUUGAUCGUUAUUCGUUCUUUAGUGCCGGGUGGGGUGGCACAGCUAGACGGCAGGUUAAUUCCAGGCGAUAGAUUACUGUUUGUGAAUGACACUGUCCUGGAAAAUGCUUCGCUGGAUCAGGCCGUUCAGGCAUUGAAGGGAGCUCCAAAGGGAGUGGUUAGAAUUGGAGUCGCAAAGCCAUUACCAAUGCAAGACUCUUCGAUAACGCCUUUUGAAGAUAGAAGUAAUGAUAUGGUAGGUGGUUCAGGGUACAUAGGUAAUGAGAUUUCGGGACGCAAUGCUUCUGGUACUAUGCUAUCUAUGAAUAAACCAGAUAUUAUAAUGGAAUGAGUACGAUUAGUCAUAAGCAGAGAUGAUUUUCAGCGCUGUUCGACAUUGUUUAAGCAGCUAUUGGAUCUUUUGCGGUUUAUCGAAUGUGUUAGUUCAAUUGCGAACGACGAAUAUUUAGUUUAAGCUUCGAUUUUACAAAGAAAUCUUAGCUGCAAAUCUCUACAUUUCAAGCAAAAGUUCUCGAAAUAUACACUGCUACUCAAACAAAUCGAGGCGCGUGUCAACCACCGGUGUAGGAUGCAUGCAAACCUCUUGCUUACCCGGUAUGCUUAUUAUUUAUGUUGAUUUGUCAUCGACUAUCAACAAUUAGAUGGAUUAUUUUACAUAAUUGUAUCUUUACUUACUCCUCAUCUGACAUCUAAUCCUAUUUGCUUUUUUAUUAUUCCAUUUUCUGUUGUAAGCACUUUUCGAGCACUGUCCAGCUUUUGUGAACGUUUUUCUUUUUAUCUAUGUAAUUUAUAUCAGAUCAAAACAACGUUUAUCGAUGAUCAAUUACACUUUUUCCCUUUGGGUUAAUAGAAAAAAAUUAACAUCCAAAUAUGAAAAAAAAUCAAAGGUUAUCCAGGUUAUCCAUAUUACACUUUGUAUACAUAUUCCAAAGGGUAAGAGAUCAUCGCAAGAUUUAUCGUGAACCAUCAAACAUUUGUCACAUUCUUGGUUCAGUUACAGCCCAUUGGUCCAUUUUAGUAUCUGUCAUAAUUUGCGCUUUGAAUCGAAAGAAUCCACGAAUUCAUUUCUGACUUAUGACGUUAAUUGGAGAUGAUGAAUAAAACCUACUAAAUCGAUGAAAACGAAACAUACAACCAAAUGAAGGGAAAAAGUUGUCAAAAUUAACCGUUUGCGAAGAGUAUACUACUCUUUCAUAUGAAAUUUGCUGGAACUAGAAUGUGUCGGUGUUUAGAACAAUUAUUAAAUGAAGCAAAACAAAACUACGUGCAACCGCCGAGUAGGAAAAAGUAGAAUUUUGCUCGUAGUGGAACGAUCUGAAAAAUUAUUGGAUCAGUUUCCCUCGGAAGUAAGCUUCCGUGUAUGCGACAGUAGGAUGUAGAAUAGAUCCACUAGAGAAUUGAACUCAAAGUUUUGCCUACAAGUUUGGCGAAAAAAAAGCUCAGCUUGAUCGAUGAUUGUUUGGAGAAGAAAGAAAAACGUUACUCGAUCAAUUAUUUCUUGUGAACAAUCAGCUUAGUUAGAAUAUACAGAAUUUAUACAACCCUGGACUUGGUACUGCCCGUUCCCUCUCGUUGCUCAUAUAGAAAUAUUGAUUGAAUGGUGGUGGCGUUAAUUAGAACAAAAUUUGUGUUAGAAAAAGAGAUUAUAGCAAAAAAAAAACAUUACAUUGUUAGAAAUUCAUUCCAACCCCUGCACUGAACAGCAACAGUCCUUGUCGUUGAAACACAUGUUAAAUAUUGUUAGGUAACAGUAUUUUAUUAUUUUGAGAGAAAAAGUUUUAUUUUCACACACUUUCUACAUGCAGCUUUAAAUUUUAUAACUCUAGAAAUAUAAUGAAUGAUAGUGACUUAAAUAUUAUAUCUGCUUUCGCGAAAUAUUUGCUGUAUGAUAAGACUUCCGGAACAGUACUAUUUUUACUAUUUUAUUUUUAGUGACUUAAUUUUUAUAUUUUUGCUUGAUAUUGACAAAAAUGUUUCACAGUAAUAUAAAUUUAAGUUAUACAAGUUUAAUUUCACUAACGAUGUUAAAGUUGUUUGAUAAGAUUUUGCUGGAAUUACUUAUCGCAUAUACUAUUGGAACUAUAUUAUAUAACCUUAUUCCGGUUAGACUGUAGCGAUAAUUAUAGAAAUAAAAUCUACUAUACAUACUUCAAGUGCAACAUCCUACAGAUUAUUGAUUAUAUACAUGUAAAGGAAAACGUUUAUUUAUAUACAAUGUUUAGAAAAAAAAAUCAUUUCACUUUAUUUGUUCACUAUGUAUUGUGCAUAGAGUCUUUAUAAAAUAGUGAAUCAACAUUAAUUGAUGGUAGCAAUAAAACCCGUAAACAGA